CCUACUUCUUUCUUCUACCCAAUCCACUCCAGGACAAAAACAAUCUGAGUAUAGGCAUAUUCAAGAUUACAAGGCUAUUAAUUGAUUUCUUUCGUUCUUGCAUAGUCAUCUUUAGCCAUUCAUUUUAUUGAGAAACCAAGUUUUUGUCACUGGACGUGUCUUAAAAUUUUGUAGCCAUUGAACAUCAGAAAAGGUUUUGCAGGGCGACUUGGAAAUCCUUAGGUAUACGAUUUUAUAAGGUCAACGAUUUAGGGCAUCUAUUUUUGCUUACGCGCCGUGCAAAAUGUCUGCUCAAAAGCUAAAUUUGGACGAGGUCAAGGCGAAGACAGACAAGUACUCUCGUGGUCGAAAACUCAAUCCUAAGAAAAUUAAGGAUAAAAAGCUUCGAAGCAAUAUACAAAAAAUUGAGGAAAGAAUUGAGAAUGUAGAGACAGAUUUGUCGAAAACAGAGUUAUUGCGCGUUGAUGAACCAGGAUACUUAGAAGCUGAGGGAUUAGAGAAAACUUACAAAUUUAGCCAAAACCAGAUUUCUCCAAAUGUUGCUCUUGAAACUGCUACAAAGUCUUUUUCCCUAGGUUUGGAUAAAUUCGGCAGUUACAAUUUUGACUACACAAGAGAUGGACGAAUGGUGCUUCUAGGAGGUCGAAAGGGUCAUGUUGCUGCUUUCGACUGGAGAAACGGUAAAUUAUUAACUGAAUUACACUUACAGGAAACAAUUCGUGACGUGAAGUGGUUUCACAACCACCAGUAUUUUGCUGUUGCACAAAAAAAAUAUGUUUAUGUUUAUGAUAAUUUGGGUACAGAAAUUCACUGCUUAAAGAGACACAUAGAUGUGAAUGCUCUAGAUUUCCUACCUUAUCAUCUUCUUUUAACUAGUAUCGGCAAUGCUGGUUAUUUGAAAUAUCAAGAUGUCUCAACUGGUCAAUUAGUUGCCGAACACCGUACUGGUAUGGGAGCUUGCCACGUCCUUCGUCAAAAUCCUUACAAUGCUGUUGAACAUGUUGGCCAUGCUAAUGGACAAGUUACGCUUUGGGCUCCAUCAUCUACUACUCCCCUUGUUAAAAUGUUGACCCAUCGCGGACCUGUGCGCGAUGUGGCCAUCGAUCGGGAAGGCAAGUAUAUGGUGACUGCCGGUGCUGAUAGUUUGAUGAAAGUUUGGGAUCUUCGAAAUUACAAGGAAGUUCAUUCAUAUUAUACUCCUACGCCCGCUCAACGCUUGACUUUGAGUGACACCGGUUUACUAACAGUCGGUUGGGGUCCUCAUGCUACGGUAUGGAAAGAUGCUUUACGUACAAAGCAGAGCUCUCCGUACAUGAAUCAUUUGAUACCUUCUUCAUCUGUUGUUGAUCUUCAUUAUUGCCCUUAUGAGGAUAUAUUGGGUAUUGGCCACGAUAAGGGAUUUGAGAGUAUAAUCAUUCCUGGAUCCGGUGAGCCAAACUAUGAUUCUUACGAAAAUGAUCCUUUCGCCUCUAAGAAACAAAGACAAGAAACUGAAGUUCGUCAACUUCUUGAAAAGCUGCGUCCUGAGAUGAUUUCCCUACGCCCUGAAUUUAUUGGUAAUGUGGAUAGGGCUGCUCCUUCACUUCGGAAGCAAGAGGCUGAAGAAGAGAAGCCUCCGGAGCAAAAAUGGCUUCCCAAAAACAAGGCUCGAGGUAAGAACUCGGCUUUGCGUCGCUAUGUGCGUAAGCAUGCUCGGAAUGUUGUGGAUCAGCGCCGCCUUAAUGUCGAAAAAUCACUUGAAGUUGAAAAGAAAAUGCGUGAAAAGCGUGUUCGUCAAGAGAAGGGAUUGCCCGAAGAAAGGGAAAAAUGGGGGUAUGCACUAUCACGGUUUAUUGGGAAAAAAUAAAAACUUGUAUAAUAAUUUUUGGAUAAUGUUUCAUCAGCGGUGUGAGGGGUUCAAAUAUACAAUAUAAAGAUUUAUUUACAGAAAAAAAAA